AUGGAGAGAUUUAUUCACUCCGCCGUGAAGAAUGGACCAAUACAUAUAAAUGCAGACUACUCUGCUUCCCCCAAUCCUUACGGAUUCAAUAAGUUGGCUGAUUAUUUCUGGAUAGACCAACCUGUUGGGACUGGUUAUGCGACUGCCGACGCGACUGGCUAUGUCGCUGAUGAAGACCAAAUUGGGAAAGAUUUUAUGGGCUUUUUGGGCAAUUUAGUCAAAGUUUUCCCCAGUCUGGCUACCCGGCCGUUAUACCUUACAGGGGAAAGUUAUGCUGGCCAAUAUAUUCCAUAUAUUCUGAAGGCAUAUUUUGACAUGCCGAAGCCCCCUGUCAGCAUUGCAAAAAUUGCAAUCGGAGAUGGUACAUACUCCUCAGAGCCAAUAUUCGAACUUUUGCCCGCUCUUAGUAUGCUGGAAACUUACCCCCAACUUAUUGGUUAUGAUCAAGAUGUUUACAAUUACUUUAAAGCGCAGACGUCAUUUUGCGGUUUUGACGUUAAUCUUACAUACCCCCAGAACGGAAUCAUCCCAGAUAAUAAUUUCAUCCAACCUACCUUACGUGACAUCCCGUUUUUUAAGCAAAUGAGAUACAACACCAAGAAAACAUUUUUAAUGGAACUUACUCGUCGAGGAGAAGAACAAGCGAAGACUCUCGCAAAACGUGAUGUUCCGGCUGAGAAAGCAGCAUGGAAGCGGGACCUCUCACUCCGCACCAAUGGAACUGUUGAUCCUUGGUAUGGUUGCUUCUUGUUGGAUAUGGCGAUUGACUAUGCAGUGAACUUCACUUUCCCUUGGAGUGAGGCAUUUUCUUUCAAGAUGCUUGAUAUUUUAUCUAAUCAAAAUACUCUAGACCUCACGGACCAAGCGGGCUUCCCAAUUAACGUAUAUGAUAUUCCUGAUGCUUUGAACCCGAAGGUUAAUCGUGACGCAAGUGUAUUCAUGAAUGACCCUCGUACAAGAGCAGCAUUACAUGCCCCAACGAGCACAGACUGGGAGGCGCAGUCUGACUUUCCUUUUGGACUGAGCCAGGAAGAUCCUAGCCCAAUGUCCAUAAACAUUUUCAAUGCACUCGCCGUUAAUGCAACUGCACGUGGAGUCGGUGUGGUUUUAUUCUCGGGAAAUGAUGACAUGCUCAUUCCUCACCGAGGGACAGAAAUCGCUAUCCAGAACACGACGUUUGGCGGUAUUCAAGGCUUCACGCGAAAGCCUUCGACGCCUUGGAAAAACGAUAAAGGAGAAUUUGGGGGUGUUGUUCAUCAGGAACGAGGAUGGACUUAUGGUCUACUCUACGCCUCGGGGCACCUCUUUGGACAAUCUAACCCGGUUUCGGCCUUUACUUUUUUGCGGGAGUUUAUACUUGGAAACAAUCCCACUGGGUUAGUGAAAUCUCAGGGCGGCUCCGUGACAGUUGUGGGUGGCGAAGUACAAUCUUUAGCGGGUGUUCUUCAGGGGGGAGACAAUAUUUAUUAUGGCAAUGGCGCUACCCAGUCGACAUACGUUUUCCCAGCUGCCACCAGGGCCGCUUGGAAAACCUUCAUUCAGGGAAACCAAGCCACUCCGACACAUAUAUCGACCCAAGCACCCAGGACGACAUCUCGCAUCCAUCCACCGGUACUACAAACGAGAACAUCCAGAAAAAGACGCACCAAGUAA